AUGCACAGAUACAAAGAUAGUGCUGUUGAGAUUUUGUACUUAUGCACAGACUGGGACAAUGAUGGGGAGAGUGAAGGGCCUCAAAGAAAUCCUGGACGAUACACCCAAACCAAGGCUAUUGACCUUAAUGAGAAUCUCACUGCCCCAAAUGGUGAAAGAUACAAACCGGUAUGGAAGACCUCCCUUUUUAAGUCAACUCUUUCUGCAGAGCAGUGUGUUUCUGUCAGCACAAGCUCCAAUCAGAUAGUCAACCAUAGCGAUUUGUGGACAGACCCCUUGGAACAUCUGGAAAGUAACCUAGUCCAUGCUGAAAGUAAUGAUUUGAGCCAUUUGGAAAAUAGGAUUUGUCUGACUUUAAAUCAGAGAUUUAGAAAUGAAGAACAAAGUGCUCAGUGGGAUCCAUAUGAGAGGGAAUUCACUGAGGAGUUGACUCUACAGUAUGACCAGAGGCUUUUCACUGGAGACAGAAUUGCUCAAUGCACUGAAUCUGAGAAAAUAGUGAACCAGGGCUCCUGUGUUCACAGAUGUGUCAGGGCUAGGUUUGCAGAGAACCAUUAUGAAUGUGAUAAAUGUGGGGAAGGCUUUCAUCCAAGCUUUAACUUCAGUAUACAUAAUGGUCACCAUUUGGGAGACAGUCCUCAUAAAGAUAAUGAAUGUGGCAAAGCUCAUAACGAGUCCUCCAGUGUUGGUGAUCAUCAGAGAAUUUGUGAGGGAAAAAGCCCAUUCACAUGUAAUAAACCAGGGACCAUGUUGAGUCAGUCAUCAAGCCUAAACAUCAAUGAGAUAAUCCCUCAGGGAGAGAAAACUUACAUCUUUAAGGAAUGUGGUAAAUCCUUUGACUGCCACUCAACACUAUCUCAACAUCAGCGAAUGCAUACUGGAGAAAAAAUAUACAAAUGUGAAGAAGGUGGUCAAACCUUUAAGGACUGUUCAUCAAAAAAUGGACAUUCACAGAUCUAUUCUGGAGAGAAACCCUGCAAAUGUCAAGAAUGUGGCAAGACUUUUAAUAAUCACUCAAGUCUUAAUAGACAGCACCAAAUUCAUAUUGCAGGGAAAAAUUACAACUGUAAUGAAUGUGCCAAAGCCUUUACAUCAUUCUCAAACCUUAUUCAACAUCAGAGAAUUCAUAGUGGAGAUAAACCUUACCAGUGUCAACAAUGUGGCAAGAGAGUUCAUACUGGACAGAAACCUUACCAAUGUCAGGAAUGUGGCAAGGCCUUUACCAGGAGUUCAUAUCUUUCUCAGCAUCACAAAAUUCAUACUGGACAGAAACCUUACCAAUGUCAGGAAUGUGGCAAUGCCUUUACCAGGAGGGCAAAUCUUUCUCGGCAUCAGAAAACUCAUAGUGCAGAGAAACCUUACCAAUGUCAAGAAUGUGGCAAAGCCUUCAAGUGGAGGUCACAUCUUUGUCAACAUCACAACAUUCAUAAUACAGAGAAACCUUACCAAUGUCAAGAAUGUGGCAAUGCAUUUAACUGGAGGUCAGGUCUUGCUAAGCAUAAGAGAAUUCAUUGUGGAGAAAAAUCUUACCAAUGUAAAGAACGUGGCAAUCCCUUUAAGGACAGCACAACUCUUAUUGAACAUUACAGAACUCAUAUUGGAGAGAAAGCUUACCAAUGUCAAGAAUGUGGCAAGAGCUUUAACUGGAGGUCAUCCCUUACUCGACAUCACAGAACUCAUACUGGAGAGAAACCUUACCAAUGUCAAAAAUGUGGCAAGAGCUUUAACUGGAGGUCAUCCCUUUUUCAACAUCACAGAAUUCAUACUGGAGAGAAACCUUACCAAUGUCAGGAAUGUGGCAAGGGCUUUAACCGGAGGUCAUCCCUUAUUAAACAUAACAGAAUUCAUACUGGAGAGAAACCUUACCAAUGUCAAAAAUGUGGUAAGGCCUAUGCCGUCCCUUCACAACUUACUAAACAUCACAGAAUUCAUAAUGGAGAGAAACCUUACCAAUGUCAAGAAUGUGGCAAGGCCUUUAUCCACAACUCAUACCUUAUACAACAUCACAGAGUUCAUACUGGACAGAAACCUUACCAAUGUCAGGAAUGUGGCAAGGCCUUUACCAGGAGGUCAGGUCUUACUAAGCAUAAGAGAAUUCAUUGUGGAGAAAAAUCUUACCAAUGUGAAGAAUGUGGCAAGCCCUUUAAGAACAGCCCAACUCUUAUUGAACAUUGUAGAACUCAUAGUGGAGAGAAAGCUUACCAAUGUCAAGAAUGUGGCAAGAGCUUUAACUGGAGGUCAUCCCUUAUUCAACAUCACAGAACUCAUACUGGAGAGAAACCUUACCAAUGUCAAGAAUGUGGUAAGGCCUAUUCCAUCCCUUCACAACUUACUAAACAUCACAGAAUUCAUACUGGACAGAAACCUUACCAAUGUCAGGAAUGUGGCAAGGCCUUUACCAGGAGGUCAGAUCUUUCUCAGCAUCACAAAAUUCAUACUGGACAGAAACCUUACCAAUGUCAAAAAUGUGGUAAGGCCUAUGCUGUCCCUUCACAACUUACUAAACAUCACAGAAUUCAUACUGGAGAGAAACCUUACCAGUGUCAGGAAUGUGGCAAGGCCUUUAAGGUGAACUCACAACUCAGUCGACAUAGCAGAGCUCAUACUAGAGCGUAA